GAGAAGACAACUUUCCGAACGUCAAGAAUGGGGUUCUUAUAUGGAAAGUGGUGUUGGGCUCACCCGCGCACCUGGUAGGCCUACAACCCGGUGAUAUAAUUACCCGAAUUAAUGGAGUGGAGGCCACAUCUGUGGAAGACAUAUACCGGGCCUUAGAAGAUGAACAGGUCUUAAGUAUUACUAUUCGUCGCAAAGAUGAUGACAUAAGUCUCGUCAUUAAACCACAAACUAUUGACUGAUUGCACAAUAUUUGAGUCUAAACUUACAAAUGCAACUGUGCUUUAACUAAUGAAUAGCUAAUAUAUUUUUAAUACAG